CCGGGGUUGAUGUUUAACCUGGAGCGCCCGUUCACGGAGAGGGGCCACCUCUUCCCCUCCAUGGAGUACCAGCGGCAGCUGGAGGAGGAGGAAGGCUACCCGCCGCCCGGCACCAACGGGACCUUCAACGACAGCGGUGCUGGGCCGAGCUGGGGCACGCCGUACCCCCUGCACACCACCGUGACCCUCAUCAGCCUGGCGGGCUUGCUCAUGCUCUUCACCGUCUUCGGCAAUGUACUGGUCAUCAUUGCCGUUUUCACCAGCCGGGCUCUUAAAGCCCCCCAGAACCUCUUCCUGGUCUCCUUAGCCUCGGCCGACAUCCUGGUGGCCACGCUGGUCAUCCCCUUCUCCCUGGCGAACGAGGUCAUGGGAUACUGGUACUUUGGCAAGGUCUGGUGCGAGAUCUACCUGGCCUUGGAUGUCCUCUUCUGUACUUCCUCCAUUGUACACUUGUGUGCCAUUAGCCUGGACCGCUACUGGUCCAUCACUCAAGCCAUCGAGUACAACCUCAAGCGUACCCCACGCCGCAUCAAGUGCAUCAUUUUUAUUGUCUGGGUCAUCUCGGCCGUCAUCUCCUUCCCACCGCUCAUCUCCAUUGAGAAGAAGAGCGGGCAGCAAGCUGACCAGGGGGUAGCAGUGUGCAAGAUCAACGAUGAGAAGUGGUACAUCAUCUCUUCCUGCAUCGGCUCCUUUUUUGCCCCCUGCCUUAUCAUGAUACUGGUGUACAUGCGCAUCUACCAGAUAGCCAAGAGGCGGACCAGGGUACCACCAAGUAGACGGGCAGAGUGCCCCGAGAAGAGGCAGAACGGCUUGGCCGACAAGGAGGACCUGCCAGCAACAGCCCAGCUUAAUGGGGAGAAGGCAGCAGGAGGCGGUGAUGGGCAGGAGGGAGAGGUCAACGGCAUAGACAUGGAGGAGACCUCCUCCUCCGAGCACCAGGAGAACAACCAGUGUAAGAAGUCAGACAGACCAUCGAGGGGCAAGGCCAAGACUAAGUUGAGCCAGAUUAAGCCUGGGGACAGUUUGCCUAGGAAGGCAGAGGAGGAGAGAAACACCAAAGGGUCCCGGUGGAGGGGCAGGCAGAACCGGGAGAAGCGCUUUACCUUUGUGCUGGCGGUGGUGAUUGGGGUCUUUGUCAUCUGCUGGUUCCCCUUCUUCUUCACCUACACGCUUCUGGCCGUCUGCAAGAGCUGCUCUGUGCCCGACACCCUCUUCAAGUUCUUCUUCUGGUUCGGUUACUGCAAUAGCUCCUUGAACCCUGUCAUCUAUACCAUUUUCAACCAUGACUUCAGACGGGCAUUCAAAAGGAUCCUCUGCAGGAUAGAGAGGAAAAGGAUUGUUUGAAGGACCCUUUGCUGCCACCAGGACUAAAUGAUUCCAGACUUUGUAGGAAAGCAAGGCAUGGGUCUCUUGGGCUGCGCUUGCACGGGAUGGUUUCCUGCAGCUCGCAAGCUGGAAGCCUUUAACACCCGAGACGAGCCUGUUGAAACGCCGGGCAGCAGCAGGCAAGUGGAAGCCUGGCCGUGGCAUUUGGCUUUCCAGGGGAGGAUGGCUUUUGACUUGCUUGGUUAUUUUGUUAGUUUUUUUUCUUUUGCCAGAAUCUCUCUGUGGAUAUUUUUGUGACUGCUCAGUUUGACUCUUUAAAGACAAAACAACUGAUGCGCAGCUCCAUGAGAUGAACAACAAAGAGGGAGUAUACCACCUCAGAGGUGUUGGCUUUUUUAUGUUGUUGUAUCUUUUUUUUUCUUCAAUACGUAAUUAAUUUUAACCCUCUUGUAAAAUACAGUGUUGUAUCCCUGAACCUGAAUGUCUUAAUUUUUGUAAGGCAAGCAGCUUUGAAACUGUGAAUGCUUUGACAUGUUAAAAGUUCCUCUCUCUGUCCUCCCCUUCCCCCUGAACAGUUAGGGUCAUUUCCCCUACCUGGCAGUUUGAUAACAUUAAUUUCAAAUGCCCUGUUGGGUUUUUGGCUAUAAAGCUUAAACUCACAGACCACGUAACACUUUUUUUUUUUUUAAUAUCAUACCUGAUUCUGUUUAAUUUUUAAAUUGUUUGCGACAUAGUUCAGUUGAGAGAGUAACUUUCCUCUUUUUGUUAGUUUAAAGCAGACCCUAAAAGACCAGUGGUUUUGCAUGUAGUCAGGGAUAACCCGGCGGCUGUGACAAGCUGUUUCUCGUACAGCGUGAGGCUUGGGACCUGGCCAAGCUCCAACGAGUUAAUCUCCGUUCAUAUUAUACCACGCUGCAGCACUGAAAUGUGUUCAAUGCUAACUCACUUCCCCCACCUCCGACUGUAAAUAGAUAACAUUUCAAAGCAGGUAUCAGGGCUCCACAUAUCAUGUUAUCUGAUUUGUAUUGAUUUCUGACGUUCUAACUCCUGCGGGUUUUCCUGCAAGGGGGUUGUGCACAGAGGCUGUUCUACCUUUCUGAAUUAUGCGACAUGAGUUAAGUUUUUAAUCUGCCGCUCUCAUCUUUUGUAGGAGGUACCGAACCAUUCCUCUUUCAAUCUCAGUCUCAUACAGAGCAAAACUCUGGAAUGGGAAACUUACUGAUGGUUUUCCCAGUAUUUUAUAGUGUAAUCAUGCUUUUUUUUAAAAAAAAGAAAUAAUGUAAAUAUUGUCAGACUGGAGCAGGAGAGAAAGUGUUAAUUAAUACUGCUCUUACACUCCUUUCCUGAAAUGUAUUUCAGCUUUAUCUGCUAAACACACAUGGGCGCGCGCGCACACACACACGCACACACACACACGCACACACACACACACGCACACACACAAAACAACAAAAAACCCAAACAAAACAGAACAAACCAAACAUCCUUGUGCCGUGAAGAAGUGUCUGGACAAUAUUAGAAGGAAAAGCUUUUUUUGUCUACGUGAGCUGGAAAGUAAGCCUUUUAAUGUUAUAACAACAGCUUUGUUGAAUACUGACAAAUCACAGAAAUUGUUUCGAAAAAGCAAAGUUUAUUUGAGUGUUUUGUAUAAAGUGAAUUUACCUAUACUGGAGUUGUACAGUGCACAGGAAGAGACUUAGAAAAAAUAAUCCCUUUUUACUUUUGGAAGUGUUUUGUUGAUUUUGCUCUCUCUUUGGACUGUGUAAUUAACUCCAAGGAUCCCUGGAUGUAUUUUGGGACCUGGAGAGCAAUGUUUACAUUCACUUACAUUUUCAGAAUUGAAUCCUCAAGAGGUGAGGUAAGCAAAUAAGCUGUGCUUUACUGAAAAAAAAAAAAGCAGAAGUUGCUAUAAUGGAUGAUUAUUUUUAU